CGUCCUAAGCGAGUCAGACAAUGAUCCAGAGAGCGAAGAAGACGAAACAAAUCCUUACCCGCUCGAGGGCAGGUACAUCGACGAGGGAGACAAGCAAAGACUCAUGCAGAUGUCCGAAAUUGAACGCGAAGGAGUGCUUGCACAGCGACUGGAAGAGAUGCAGCGUGUACAAGACAAACGAAAUCUCGACCAAAUGCUGAAGGCACAGAAGGACCGAGCUGGCGAUUUUGACACCGUCUCCAAGGCUGCAAAACGACAACAUGCUGUGCGGGGCGCCACAAAAGAAAAAUCUCGCAAACUCGAUGAGCUCAAAGCCAGGAGGAAGGCAAAGGACGAAAGAAAACGCACAAGGACCAACUCUCCGAAGCGAGACCAAUCGUCUUCACCGAUGGACAUGGACUCCUCCUCUGGCGAAGAGGAGGAUGGUCAGAUCACUAAAUUUGAAGAAGAGGAGGAAAAGGAGAGAAAACUCUAUAACAAAACGAAUCCGGACGACGAGCCGAUUACAGUGGAAACACUGAAUACAUGCCGACUCAGUCGCGAUAUGCUCGCCAAAUAUUGCAUGGCGCCUUGGUUUGAAGAUUAUGUGAAAGGUGCUUGGGUGCGUUAUCUCAUCGGCCAAGAGGGUAGUCAGCCUGUGUAUCGACUAUGUGAAAUACAAAGUACGUGGUAUGGCCAUAUGUAUACCGUCCAUGUAAUAAGCAUUGUGAAAGACCUUAGCGCCAACUUGGUCAAACCGUACAAAAUCAAUGAUAAAACGGUCAACCAGUCAUUUGACCUUAAGCAUGGAAAGUCUGUUAAGUCGUUCACAAUGGAAAAAGUAUCGAACGCACCCUUUGAUAUGAAAGAAUUCGAACGACUUACAAAAACUUGUGCGGCUGAGGAAACAAAAUUGCCGUCUAGACGUCAUCUGGAAAAGAAGAGUGCUCAGCUUGCUCGUCUAAUAACGCAACCGGUCACCGAGAGUGAUAUAAAUGCGAUGCUGGCACGCAAGAGCCAAUUGCAAGCUAACAAGCACUCCGCUGGAUGGAUCACCAUGGAACGGUCAAGAUUAACUCAAGCAAGGACUCUAGCACUCCGUCGACAAGAUUAUUCUGAAGUAGCUGACAUUGAUGCUAAACUUGCGGAACUACCAUUGCCAGUGAACGUCCGGGAGGAAGAAGGAACUCUCAACGAUCGACUUGCAAAAGUAAAUGAGCGGAAUCGUAAGGCUAACCUUGAAGCCAUCAGGAAGGCAGAACUCCAAGAAGCAGAACGAAAGCGAAGGGAGCGGAAACUAGCUGCUGCUGGAGCAUCUGGUACAGCCACUCCGACUGACCCUAGUGCACGUCUCAAAACUAUCGCGAAAACUUUCAAUACCGCUUCGAGACCAGGCACACCGAACGUUUCGGGAACACCACUGUUACAGCCGGAGCAUAUUGGCGCGAGAUCCAUUUCCCCACUUCCGCCAUCAGCAUUGUCGGGUACUCAUUCUUCUCCUACCAAGACUCUUGAGACUUCGGUAAUCGAAUCCAUAGAAGUGGACCUCGGAGAUUUCUGAAUUAUUAUUCCUCUUCUUUCUUGCUGUGUAAUUUAUUGUCGCAUCCUCCCAAAGCGUGGUUACUGGAAACUGUUGUUAGUGGAUGUAUACAGUAUAUAUUAGGUGAACAGAAAUCCAAUCACUGAACCCAUACUUCUAUUCUAUGU